UACUAACACAUAUUAAAAUUAUGACUGAAUUUUGAUCAUGGUCUAUUUAAAUUAUUUUUACUUGAUAUUUAUAACUUUGGAAUUUUCAAAUAGUUUGUAACGUAAUACACCUUUAAAUAUCCCGCCGUUUUGAAUGCAUACUUUCGUAAGUCCUACAUGAUCCAUGGAAGCAAUGCGUUAAAAGUUUGACGUUUGACAGUUGGACAACAAACAAGAAAUAACAUUUGAAACAUACCAUGAAUGAUUACAAAAUUCCAAUAAUCGAGCCAACUAUCGAUUGUACAAAGGUUCCACCAAUUAAUCAGAAAAGAACGAUUUCUUUCAUUAAUCACUUUAUUGUGCAUACUGUAACAUUUCUUAAUAAAUUUACAUUAUCAUGUGAAGAAAGAUUAUUGCAAUUUGAAUAUAAAUUACAAAGAAUAGAGGCUUCAUUAGAAAUUUUAGAAUCUUGGUUAUCAUCAAUUCCUGGUUUGGAACAAAAUCAAAAUACUAAAAAUUCUACAGAAAAUAAUGAUAGUAAAGAAGAAAAUGUAUCUAAAAUAAAUGAACCUGAUAAUACUAAACAAGAUGUUUCUGAAGAUAUACAAACUGAAAAACAAUUAAUAAACAAAGAUUCACGUUAUGAAAAAUAUUUGAAAAUGAUACAUUUUGGUGUACCAAAAGAGGCUGUCAAAUUAAAAAUGGAACAAGAAGGAUUAAACUCGUCUAUUUUAGACAAUGAAUCCCAACAAGUAAUUUCUAAGCAGAUAUCUACAGAAAAUGAUAAGGAUAAAGAAGAUUAAAUAUUUAGUUAUAUUAAAUUUAAUAUACUAAUUGAUUAUUAAAAAAAAAAAA